AUGGACGGUCAACGCCCGCAGGUCCCUUACCAUCCCAAUUUCGCACAUGGCUACGAGUUGUUCAUCACGCCGAACCUCAGCGGACAAGGCGCAUCUUUUCCGACUUCGUUUUCUCUCGAAGUGACGUCGACAACGGAAGACUACAACGACGGCUCGUCCUUCACGUUCAGCCCUGGCAACGCCGCGACGACGCUCAGUCUCUCUCCGCCCCCUUUCAGCGGCCGUUCGCCUGUCGGUUUACCGUGGCCAGCUCGUAGUGAUCACUACUCGGAUGAGCCGCAACUCUCUGCCCACGUCAUCGAGCCCCCGCACCACCGUCAACCUGACGAUGACGAAAGCGGUAUCAUACGUGUCACUGUGCUACCACGCCAGCCGGACCUCGAUGCGCCCGGGUUCCUCAGGAGCAAGCUUGGAGAGGCGAAGUGGGAUCUGUUCCGUACUCCCGUGCAGGACCGCCGACCACUUGUCUCUCGAGGACCAAGUAGGUCCGAUGGAGAGAGAUCCCCGUCCGUCUCUAUAUAUUCGUACCUACUCAAGGCCGAAUGUGUCAAGGAAGUUCUUCGCGCGUUCCUCCCCCACACAUAUAGCUCCGAGCGAUCCGCCACCAUUCGUCAUACGUGCCCUAAGGGGUAUGUGCGUCUGACACGCCCCGCGAUCCUUGAACUCGCGGGCUGGUCGAAUUCUCAGUUUGGUGCUUGGCAGCGGCGCAUUGAAGCAAUAUAUGUUUACGCUCCCUAUCAUGCUGUGUUCGCCGAGCUCAAGACUACGCUGUACAGACUGCUCUAUGGAGAUCUCGAUCCGGACUUCCCCCCUGCUUCCCCGUCAGGCAUAACGGGCAAGAACAUCGAGACCCUCAUGUCAGAAGUUAGAAGCCUGACCAGCGUAGAGCCUUACCUGCGGGGCAAUCGCUCUUGUCUGGAUGCAUUUUGUGCUCCUGACCUAGAGCCUGCCCGCCUACGAGAACUGGGAAACCCUAUGUAUCAACCACAUAUACCAUCAAGCGUACGACCUGAUGCCGACCAGAGGUGGAAGCAGAAGCAGACGGGCAACCCUGAGCCUGAGUCAGGCCCGUCCGUGUCAUCCAGUGCGUCUACUGGGGGCGUAUCAGUGGGCACGCGCUCAGCUUCAGACUCAUCUGCUGAAAGUCUUCGUCAUGUCGGUGUCCAAGGCUCACGAACUCCGCGCGCCGCUAGUCCGAGACUCUCAUGUCUUCCUGAUUCCGACUUCUCUCGAAGGACUGAAAUCGACCACGGAGCCCAACGUCGCUCGUUACAUGCGCCCGGAAUCCCCCUCUCCGCUGCGACAUAUGCUUCUUCUUCCUUUCCCACCAAUAACGGCGCUGGGCAACGUAUCCAAGACCAAGCACCCAAUGAAUGGGUUCGGUUCUCGGUCAACCCUCUCUACAGCUACGGUCGUUAUGACUAA